CCGGCAAAUUCGAAAAAACUUUUUUGAAAUGUCAUCACAAGGUUACUAAAAAUCAAUAACUUGCCGGAAAAUUUUAAGUAAAGUUCGUAAAAUAUUGAAUAUAACACUAACAAUAUAGUUUCUUUUCUCUACGAAGACUUACUAUCUAUUUGGGCACUUUGCCAGCACUGAUUGACAGGAUCACGUUAUUCUAUGCGAGUUACAACGCUCUAGUUUUCAGCGUUUACGUUCGGUGCACUUUCUCACUGUACAUUAUUAACAUGAAACACCUAAAAUUAUCACAAACUGGAGAUUUAAUGCCUACUCUGGGCUUGGGUACCUGGCAGGCCCCUUCAGACGUUAUAGAAUCAACUGUUUACAAAGCCUUGGACAUCGGUUAUAGACACAUCGACACUGCAUUCAAUUAUAAUAACGAGGAAGCCAUUGGAAAGGCAAUAAGCCAGUGGAUUAAUGAUGGCAAGGGAGAAAGGAAAGAUUUAUUCAUUACGACCAAGCUGCCUCAUGUUGGUAACCGCGCCGGCGAUGUGAGAAAGUUCCUGGAUCUCCAGCUGAGCCGCUUGAAAUUAGAUUAUGUGGAUCUGUACCUCAUCCAUGUACCCUUCGGCUUUCAUUGCAACCAAGAAACAUUGACUCCUGUGGUCAAAGAGAAUGGAGAUUACGAUUUGGAUAUGACAACCAAUCAUGUAGAGACGUGGAAGGCUAUGGAAGAAUGCCAGAAAAAUGGACUGAUUCGCAACUUGGGUUUAUCUAACUUUAAUGAAGAACAAAUUGAAAGGAUCAUAAAGAAUUCAACAAUAAAACCUCAAGUUCUUCAAGUGGAACUCCACGCCUACUUUCAACAGAUGGAACUGAGAGCGUACUGCGCGGCUCACGAUAUAAUAGUGACUGCUUACGCACCGCUAGGAAGCCCUGGAGCAAAGGAUCACUUCGUGAACAAAUAUAACUACAGUCCCGAAACAUUCCCUGACUUACUAGGCCUUCCGGAGGUGAAGGAGAUCGCCGAUAAACAUAAGAAAUCGCCGGCGCAGAUCCUCAUACAUUUCCUAGUGCGGGAAGGAAUAGUUGUUAUACCCAAGAGUACUAGCGAAAAUCGACUGAAGGAAAACAUAGAUGUGUAUGACGUUGAAUUAACUUCAUCCGAAGUUGAUUGUUUGAAGAAGUUGGACAAAGGAGAAGGGGGGCGUAUAUUUAACUUCUUAUUUUGGAAGGGAGUUGAAAACCACCCAGAAUAUCCAUUCAAGGGCCAAAUUUCAAAUCAACAUGCCAAGGCGUAGAGUUGUUGUGUGGUAAUAGAGAGGGAAAUGCUAACAUUUGAAGGCAGUUCCGACUCUGUCUUGUGAUUGGUCAGUAUGAAAUCAUGUUUUGAUGGCUAUAAUCACGCGACAGUGCUGCCAUAGUCGUCAUCCCUUUAACAUUCUAGUCAUGUUCUACCUCCUUCAUUGAAAGACCAGUUUAAAUUGUCAAGAUUAUAGAAAUAUGAGUUUAUUUGCGCAUGGAAUGAGCAAUAAAAUUAGCUUAAUAAAGUCAGUUAAACUGACGUUAAAUUUCGAUUAGAGUGGGCUGAGAGCAUUGAGAUUAUAGAUAUUUAUAGUGUUGCUUUUGUGAUUUAUAUAAAUUAAAGUGAAUGUUAAUAUUU